AAGAUGGGUUUUAUUGACCUUGAAGCUAAGAAAGUAACCUACACUAUUUUGUUGCUGAUGAAUGAAGUAGAGGGACCAUUGUUGUGGUGAGAUUUUUAAAGUAUAGGUAGGUGCCAUCUGUCCAGAAGUUUCUUCCCAGUGCUUUUGGAGUCAUUUGAUGGGGGAAGCUCAGUCCCCUAUCUCCAGGAGGCCCUCCCUCAUGGCAUCCUGAGCAGGAUCACAAAUGAACUGGAGAACUGGUGUAGCCUGGCCUCUCUUUGGCUCAGGAUACUUGAGAAGCCAGAAAACUAUGAGGCUAUUGGUGACUGACUGGGAGAGUGCAGGGCUUGCUGUGUAUGAGAAAAUGUUUUCCGGUAUUAUCUACCAAGUUCGACCAGCAGCAUUCCCAAGGAAGUGCCGUUUGGGUUCCUCGUGGAAGAUGAGAAACUCAAAAGAUACGUGAGAAUUAGCAGAGUGGAGAUUCCCACGCCAGGGUUUGGGGUUCCUUCUGCUCAGCUCUGGUGGGUACUGGAUUCAGUCACAUGAGCGGUGACCCUGUGGGGAAGAGAUAAGUUAGAUAUUCUCCUGCGGUGACUGGAAUUCAUCCGCCACAACAGUGCCUCUAUCGGGCUGUGCUGAGCAAGGAGAGCCUCUGUCUCAUUCAUCUUUGUCUUCUUGAGGUCUCCUGUGUGCUUGGCACAGGGUGGACACUUAUGUGUGUUUGCUAAAUGCAAGGGCAUUUGGGAUGUGCCGUGCUGGGCAGUGCUGUGCUAAAAAUGUGCAGACAUGUGGUGUGUGUGUGUGUGUGUGUGUGUGUGUGUGUGUGUGUGUUUAAUGUUUAUGGUCCAAUCCAAGAAAGCACUGCUCCAAGUACCAAGGCCACUGGUCAGAAGUCAGAGGCUAAGGGUUAGGUCCUGAAGGAAGAGAGAGAGAUAAUUACCGAUACACAAAAAUUAGGCCUGAGGGUAUGGGGGACUUUUGGGAUAGCAUUGGAAAUGUAAAUGAGGAAAAUACCUAAUUAAAAAAAAAGAAUAAAAAAAAAAGAAAUUAGGCCUGUUUUCCUCUUGCUGGUUUAUUGGUAGAACCGUCACCAAAAAAAAAAAAAAAAAAAAAAAAAGAAAGUUUUGGAGAAAAGAUAAUCUGAGGUCGAAGGUUGAGCUGCUACGUAAUGUUUCCCAGGGGAAUAAGCUAGAUUUGAUUUUGAACAGUUACAUCAUCAUCUUCUCAUUUAUUUAGCUAAUCUGAAAUUGGACAUUGUUUCCACUGUCUUAUCCUUAAAAUGAACACUAUGCAGACCACUCUAAAGCAUGCAUUCGGGGAUCCAGCUUUGAUUUUUAAAUAUCUGAACAAGAAAGUAUGACAUCGUGGCAUAGUGUUUUGGAUCACCUACCUGCCCGUGUGAGCUCAAGGCAAUCCCCACCCACCCAGCCAGCCUGUUUGAGUCACAGCUGGCUUAUCUGUAAAAUGGGUUGGUAGUGGAGAGGGUGAAAUGAGAAACUACGUUAAUCAUCCAACCGCGGAGGAGGACUGAUUCGAGGAGAGAGAUGAGAUGCCACACAGAGCGCCUGACUGACGAGGCCAGAGUCACACACAUGCUCCACAGUGUCUGGCCCUCUUGGUUCUGUUUGAAUUGGGCCAUAGGAAGGUGGGAGAAUGGCUACCAUCAGUACUUUGGAGGACUCUGGCCAUCAGUGUCUUCGAUAGUGAUUAGUCACUAAUGCCAUCUUCUGGCCUCGGGUUCGGAAAGGGCACGUUUGAACAAAUGCAACUGUUUGUCAGGGAAGAAAGUAUGGAGACCAGAGUAUGGGGGGGUGGGGUUAUGAGGGGUUUCGGACACUUUGAAACGUCGUCUUUAAGCCUUUGGGAAAGCGUCUCAGUGAGGAAGUAAGGAAGCAUGGUGAAGCUUGGUGUUACGUCAGGUCAGGGAACCCUUGGGGUGCAGAGGAUGUGGAGGAGCCCUGGAAGCUUUGGCGAAGAGCAGCAAUAUUGGGUGUCAUACUGGGAGCUGCAGAAAGGCCUGUCCCUGACCUGUCCCAUGUGGCCUGCUGCAGAGGUCACACUGUCCUAUGAUGGGCCCUGGAAGGGUUUCUUAGGAUACACAGUGUUGUAACAGACUGCUUGAGCUAACCGUUAACGUUAGAUUUCUCACACAGUGAUCCGUAAUCUGGCAUCUUUACAGGAAAGGAAGAGAAAUGGGAACAGCAUAUCUAUAGCAGCUGCCAGGAGGGACUGGGAUGUGUCCCCACUCUCUCAUUUUGCUACAGCUUCCCAUAACCCCACCCAUCUUCCCUGAGUUUUACAGGCUAAGCUGGAGCCACAGCAGCAGGGCAGUUCAAAGCCCUGGAGGGGAAGCCAUCAUGGUCUCUCACCCUUUCGAUCUCAUAACUACUUAUAAGAGGAGGCUGUGUCCUUGCCCCUCAGCAUGCCCAGCCGUCCACGGAUCAGCGGCAAUGACCCUUUCAUUGGGGAUAUUGAGAUGAACUGAUGGUGGAAAGCGUGUAGCACCUCAUUAGAUUCCCAUACCAAGUGUGCCUACUUUCCAGCCGACGACGCCCGUCCCUGAGCGCCUGGAAGCCGUGCAGCGCUACAUCAGGGAGCUGCAGUACAAUCACACAGGGACACAAUUCUUUGAAAUUAAGAAGAGCAGACCUCUGACGGGGCUGAUGGACCUGGCCAAGGAAAUGACCAAAGAGGCUCUGCCAAUCAAAUGCCUGGAAGCUGUGAUCCUGGGAAUUUACCUCACCAACAGUAUGCCCACCCUGGAACGCUUUCCCAUCAGCUUCAAGACCUAUUUCUCAGGGAACUACUUCCGCCACAUUGUGCUGGGGGUGAACUUCGGGGGCCGCUAUGGCGCCCUGGGUAUGAGCCGAAGGGAGGACCUGAUGUACAAACCGCCCGCCUUCCGCACGCUCAGUGAGCUCGUGCUGGACUACGAAGCGGCCUACGGCCGCUGCUGGCACGUGCUGAAGAAGGUGAAGCUGGGUCAGUGUGUGUCCCACGACCCGCACAGUGUGGAACAGAUUGAAUGGAAGCACUCGGUGCUGGAUGUGGAGAGGCUGGGGCGGGAAGACUUCCGCAAGGAGCUGGAGCGUCAUGCCCGAGACAUGCGGCUCAAGAUUGGCAAGGGGACAGGCCCUCCUUCUCCCACCAAGGACCGGAAGAAGGAUGUUUCCUCCCCACAGAGGGCCCAGUCCAGCCCCCAUCGCAGGAACAGCCGCAGUGAGAGACGGCCUUCAGGGGAGAAGAAGCCCGCAGAGCCCAAAGCCAUGCCAGACCUCAGUGGGUACCAGAUCCGGGUGUGAGGCAGAUGCCAGCAUCCCCAGAUCUCCUCUGCGUCUGGAGGCCCAGGAAAGAAACUACUUCAUCCAGGCAGGGGCUAGUGAUGGGGUGGACUUGGGGUGGGAGGCCAGAAGGAGGCCUUGCCAUUCAGCCCCAAGUGACUUGCCCUCCCAUGAAGCCAAGCCCCUAACUUUGGGCCAAGAAGCAGUUAGUGUUUUAUUUGGAGUUUUAGCUCUACAACUGAAGUAUAAGGUAUUUGAACAGAAAGACAAAUGGAUAUGUUGGUAGCUGUCAGGGUCUGUUCUCUCUCUCUGAGCACUGCGUGGCUUGGGGAGGAGGGCUGCCUCGUUCUGUGGUGCUCCUUCUCUCAACAGUGAUCAGGUUUAUGAGCCUCCCCAGCCUGUGGGGUGAGGGUGGGGCAGUGUAGGAAUGGAGGUGUUUUCUCCAACUGGGCCUGUCCUGGCAGAAUCAUGACCCAGGGAAAGGAAAGCAGGGUGGGAGGUUCUCCUGAGAAAGGUCUAUUUGUUUUUCAAAUCAGGAACUUGGCAGAAGCCACAUCUGCCUAAGGUCCAGGAGAGCCCUUUAGAUAGUACUGUGCACCCCCCCCACCUCCCCCUACAUCUUCACCAUGGCCAGUUUAGGACUAGGCUAUAGGAGGACCAGGAGAGGACUAUAGUGGGAAGAGUUCUGGCUCUUAGCACAUCUGCUGGCUCCGUCUAGUUCUGACUAUUGCUGCAGCCCAGGGGCUCCCUGAAGAAGGGCUGGGCUUUGUAGAGAGCCCAGCCUUGUACUGGGGACACCAUGACCUUAUGAAACUUGGCUGGGCACGGGGUAGUUGAGAAGAACUACCUACUCUAGCUGUGUGGGAGUGGGCUCUUCUCUCCCCAUCUAAUAAUCUCAGCACUUGGUGGGGAAACAAGACCAGAGCAGGCUGCCUAACCUCCAGGGUGCCUUCCCAGGCCUAGCUGCCUGUUUAGGCUUGGAGUAGUGGCCAGUUUUAGCAGCUCUUUGGGACACUGGCAGGAGGGGGUGGGAGUUGUCUGCCCCCUGGCCCUGGAGCACAAGAUCCCAGGUAGAAAAGUGAGGUGUGGAGAGGGGCUGUCUGGGCUGGGGAGGAGAACCAGCCCUUGAGUUGGGAAUGUAAGUGAGAAGGGCUGAGAGAGGCAGUUCAGGAUGGGGAUGCGGUGGGGACUGUGUGGGGACCGAGUUCCCUGCAGCACAGGUGGCACUCUUCAAGUUGCUGGAGACUUCAAGUGACAGAGGGCAGCUGGAUGAGGUGGUGACCGUUAAGGGACUUUACUGAGAGGUGGAGUCAGCUUGGGCAGCUGCCAAUAAGACUGCAGAGGGCUGAGGGCUGGCUGGGAUAAGAGCUAGAGACCUAGGGACUCAAAUGCCUACAGGGCCAGCAAGAGGCAAAGAAGAGGGCUGGAUGGGGACUGUGUCCCACCAAAGAGAACAUAUCCCAUUAAAGUAGGAUGCUGCCAUUGUACUGUCCCACAGUGCAAGCCCUAAGGGGUGUAAGCCCUUUUUUUUUUUUUUUUUUUUUUUUUUAGGCCAAGGCUCUGAACUAAUAUAUGAAUUGUAAUUUUUUAAAAGUUACCAGUUCAAGAAGUGAUCACCAUAGCUGAGGGAGUAUCAGUCCACAAUGUCUGGGGUAGAGAGCAUGGGCUGGUUGUGGGGAGACUGUGGGUGGAAAAUGUGACAGUUUAAAGUUUCCCAAAGGCAGCAGGAGCCACUUCCUGUAUCUCUCUCCUUAGCCCCAUCCUGCAGGCAGAGGCUGAGUUUGUGCUUGCUGGGUAGAGUAGGAUAGAAGGGUGGAAUUCUUCCUGCCUGGAAAUGGAUGGUGGCUGGAAUGAGGAGGAGGAGGAGGAGGAGGAGGAGGAGGAGGAGGAGGAGGAGGAGGAGGAGGAGGAGGAGGAGGAGGAAGAAGAGGAGGAGGAGGAGGAGGAGGAAGAGGGAUGCCCCUGCUGGUGACACACCAACAGCUCCUGGGCCCAGCACAGGCACCAUGGGGGGGGGCUGAGUGUUUAGUCCCUUGUCUUGCCUGGUUCCUCCUGGGGUCAGGGGGGCCCUUGGAAAGUGCAUAGCCUAGGCUACACCCUCUAGCCAGACCCAUGAAAAGACAUGACACUAUUUGAUCCAUCUCAGAGUUCAGGGAGUAGGGAUGGCAGUAGCUCCCAUGCCUUCUUUGAGAGGUAUAAGACUGGACAAGAUCUUUUUUGGAUCUCAGUGUGGCUGCUUAUCCCUGGGACAGCAGCCCUAUGUGUCUCUGGAAACUUCAAGAUAUGACAAAAUAUGGGAGAAGGAGGUGUGGGGAGAGCUAGAGUCAGGUGUAUUUGGAGAACAGCACCAGGUCCCAGAGCCUUAGGACAGGAGCGCUGAGCUCCAGUUCCUCUGAGGCCCAGGAAAGAAGGAAGCAGGGGGAGCCCCGACUUGUUCAGGAUUUGAGGGAGCAGCUGAUGGCUAGGGGUACACACACCCCUGCUGUUCACCUCUCCCAGGCUAAGGGCGUCCGGCCUGUGGAGACUGUCAUAGGCUGUCAUGGGCCACAGUGGUGCUUUUUUUAUUAUUAUUUUAUUUUUUACUCUUUCUCAUAUGUAGCAAGCCACGCUUCCCUCUGUGGCCAUUUACACAGGCUGUGCUCUUGGGGGCUGGCCUGGCUGUCUGGUUUCUGGGGAGGCAGAGGCAAGGACUUUGAGGCCUUAGUCACCAUCCAUGACAUCACCUCAUCUCACUUCCUAUAAGAGCCAGGGAUCUGGCAGAUGUCUGCAGACCUCCUGACUCAGGCCUGCCCUUUCAGCUCUUCUACCCCACCCUUGGGGACUGCUGGCUGAAGAGGGUCAAGGUGAGGUCAGAGGAGGCUGGUUGGUGGAGGUGGCAUGGGCAGAGAGGUUCCUUGUGUUUGGUGUUGGGUCAAAACACUGGGAAGCUAGCUCCAGAGAACCUUCCUUCUCCAUCCAGCUACCUGCCAGUCCUUUCCCCCUCCAUAACCUCAUAUUUCCUUGUUCCCCCGAACUGUCAUGCUAGCCACCCAUCCUUAGUGGGCAUGGCCAAGCGGGUAGAACAGCAGCCCGCUGGCCCCAGACUUGAUGAUGAAGCCUAGAGACUGGGUACUGAGGAACAGAUUCAGGAGACUGACCAUGGCUGAUGUCUGGUCCAGUCAGAUCAUGCCCUGACCCCUUUCCAGCUGGGAAGACAUCCUGGCUCAGGGGAGGAGUAGGUCUAAUGAUAGCUGUGCAGGCUUUGUGCUCUGAGGUCUGUGCCCGUGUACCACCCCAGCUUUCCUACCUGGGAUGAGUUUGGGCUUAACACAUCAGCGCCCACCCUGACAUGCUGUCAGUGGUGUUAAAGUGCAAGGAUGCACAGGUGGGGACCAAUAAGCCAGAGGUGUGAAGGGCAAGGGUAUUCUCUGAAGGAGUGGAGGUGGGAGCUAGGGAUUCUCCCUACGGGUACCACAGCCUCUCCCAGCAGCAUCUCCAGCCAGGUGGGGCUGUCACUGUACUAGCUGUGAGUCCUGUGCUAGGACCCCCUCACUCCAGUUCGAUGCACUGGGGUCCCAAGCUUCCUUGUUAAGUCUGGAAAGAAAUCUGGGUACACUUGACCCCUGGGCCAGUGAUGACGGACCGCCCAUCCCCUGUGCUUUGUUAGGCUCUUGUGUUGUCCCUGAUGCCAUUAUUGUGCCCUUGUAUCAGUAUUACCCCUGCCUUUCAGUGCACACUUUGUCUCAUUCCUUUCUCACCUUCCCCUGAAAUGAAUAAAGUCUCCCAGCUCCCAUCGUAUGGGCUGGCAGAAAUCACGUGAAA